ACGAUUCUUGCAAAUCAUUCCGAAUGUUCUAAAGUCUAUUAUCAGACGAUUCAAAUUACUUAUUAAUAAUCGUCCCAGACGUCUAUCAGCUACAUCGCCGUCUGCCUACACACUAAUUUUUUGCUCUGUGCACACAAGCAUAACCGGAGACAAGCAGAAGAAUGAAAGAAAAAAAAAACAGCGAAAUCGGAAGUCGCAUUGAUUUUUCAAUUUCCUUGUCAUUCAACGAUUUAUUUCCUAAACAAUAUAGUUGAUCUUUUUCGACAUAAUUAUCAGCGGCAAUCUUGUGACUGGCUAUUUUAUUCCCAGUGUAUCCAAACUGGUUGGCGAAGUGAGUGAAAUUUAAAGAAAAAAUGGUGUCAGUAGUGUUGGUUGGCAUUUGGAUUGCCUUACUUGUUUAUCAAAUCUACAAAUGGAUGUUUCAUAAACCAAACAAUUUUCCACCGGGUCCACCUCGAUUGCCCAUCCUUGGCGCGUAUCCAUAUCUGUUGCUGUUAAAUUAUCGGCAUUUACAUAAAGCGGUCGAAUGGAUGUGCAAGUAUUACAAAACCGAUGUAUUGGGUAUGUAUGCGGCACAUUUCCCAACGAUUGUCGCAAACACAGCAGCCGCUGCUAAAGAGUGUCUUAAUAAUCAGGCGUUAGACGGUAGACCAGGGCUAGCACUGGCACAAAUACGAGAUCCAGAUUUUGAAAUUAGAGGACUUUUCUUCAGCGAGGGCCCACUGUGGCAUGAACAACGACGUUUUGCUUUGCGAAUACUGCGAGAUUUUGGCUUCGGUCGACGUCAAGAUGAACUCGAAUCCGAAUUAAAUGAUGAAAUUUUGAAUUUAAUUGAUUUAAUUAAAAACGGACCAAAAUACAGUUUUGAAAAGAAUUACCAUAAUGGUGACAGUGUUCUGAUGCCCUACAUUUUUAUGCCGACAUUGGGUAAUUUUUUUGCAAAAACCAUACUGAAUGAGCGUUUCCCCCGAGAAAAAAUGCAUUUGCUACAUGAAGCUGGUAAACAUGGACUUCUGUUCGCCAGAAAAAGUGAUGACUGGGGCAGAAUGUUCAGUUAUAACCCAUGGAUUCCAAAGCUGUUUCCAAAAUUUUCCGAAUAUGACUUAUUAAGAGACACUUCUAUGAAAUUGUACAAGAGUAUCAAGGCGAUUUGUGAUGACCAAUAUAAAACGUUUGAUCCAAACCAUGAACGUCAUUUCAUGGACAUAUACUUCAAAAAAAUCGAUGAAACAAAAGGCGAUCCAAAAUCAACUUAUAGCUAUAAACAAAUGAUCAUGUUGUGUACAGACACCUUCUUGCCGUCACUUGCAGGCAGUGCGGUACAAGUGCAAUUUUUAAUGCAACGCUUUUGCAUGCAGCCAGAAAUCUUGAAAAAAUGCCAAAAUGAAGUCGACCGAGUUGUUGGAUCCGGUCGGUUGCCAACACUCAAUGAUCGUCCAAA